CCAGAGCGGCGCGCGCACACCUGGGCGGGGCGGGCUGUGCUGCGUCCGAAAGGGCUCCGACGCCGUCGCUGGGCUCAAGAUGGACCUCCCGGCGCUGCUCCCCGCCCCGACCGUGCGCGGAGGACAACAUGGCGGCGGCCCCGGGCGGCUCCGCCAGGCCCCAGCGUCGCUGGGCCCUAGCCCAGUGCGCCGCCGCCUGCUACUGGUGCGGGGCCCCGAAGAUGGCGGGCCCGGGCCGCGGCCCCGGGAGGCCUGCGGGCCGAGCCCGCCGCCCGCCGAGGACGACAGCGACGGUGACUCGUUCGUGGUGUUGCUGGAAGUGCCGCACGGCGCCGCCGCGGAGGCAGCCGGGUCACAGGAGGCCGAGCCUAGUUCCCGAGCCAACUCCGCGAGCCGCCCCGAGCAGGGCCCCAGCGGCCCGGCCGCUGCCCCGGGCCCCGUAGCAGUCCCGGCGGGCGCCGUCACCAUCAGCAGUCAGGACCUGCUAGUGCGCCUCGACCGCGGCGUCCUCGCGCUGACUGCGCCGUCCGGUCCCGCGACCGCGGGCCCCGCCGCGCCCCGCCGCGCGCCGCCGGCCUCCGGCCCUAGCGCGCCUCGCUACCGCUGUCCUGAGCCGCAGUGCACGCUGGCCUUCGCCAAGAAGCACCAGCUCAAGGUGCACCUGCUCACGCACGGCGGCGGCCAGGGCCGGCGGCCCUUCAAGUGCCCGCUGGAGGGCUGCGGCUGGGCCUUCACGACGUCCUACAAGCUCAAGCGGCACCUGCAGUCGCACGACAAGCUGCGCCCCUUUGGCUGCCCUGUCGGCGGCUGCGGCAAGAAGUUCACUACCGUCUACAACCUCAAGGCGCAUAUGAAGGGCCACGAGCAGGAGAGCCUGUUCAAGUGCGAGGUGUGCUCGGAGCGCUUCCACACGCAGGCCAAGCUCAGCUCCCACCAGCGCAGCCACUUCGAGCCUGAGCGCCCGUACAAGUGUGACUUUCCCGGCUGUGAGAAGACAUUCAUCACAGUGAGUGCCCUGUUUUCCCAUAACCGAGCCCACUUCAGGGAACAGGAGCUCUUUUCCUGCUCCUUUCCUGGGUGCAGCAAGCAGUAUGAUAAAGCCUGUCGGCUGAAAAUUCACCUGCGGAGCCAUACAGGUGAAAGACCAUUUGUUUGUGACUCUGACAGUUGUGGUUGGACCUUCACCAGCAUGUCCAAACUUCUGAGGCACAGAAGGAAACAUGACGAUGACCGGAGGUUUACAUGCCCUGUCGAAGGCUGUGGGAAAUCAUUCACGAGAGCAGAGCAUCUGAAAGGCCACAGUAUAACCCAUCUAGGCACAAAGCCAUUCGAGUGUCCAGUGGAAGGGUGUUGUGCGAGGUUCUCCGCUCGUAGCAGUCUGUACAUUCACUCUAAGAAACACGUGCAAGACGUGGGUGCUCCGAAAAGCCGUUGCCCAGUCUCUACCUGCAACAGACUCUUCACCUCCAAGCACAGCAUGAAGGCGCACAUGGUCCGACAGCACAGCCGGCGCCAAGAUCUCUUACCUCAGCUAGAAGCUCCAAGUUCUCUUACUCCCAGCAAUGAACUCGGCAGCCCAGGUCAAAGCGAGCUCACUAACAUGGAUCUUGCUGCGCUCUUCUCUGACACACCUGCCAAUGCUAGCGGUUCUGCAGGUGGGUCAGACGAGGCUCUGAACUCCGGAAUCCUGACUAUUGACGUCACUUCUGUGAGCUCCUCUCUGGGAGGGAACCUCCCUGCUAAUAAUAAUAGCUCCCUAGGGCCGAUGGAACCCCUGGUCCUGGUGGCCCACAGCGAUAUUCCCCCAAGCCUGGAUAGCCCUCUGGUUCUUGGGACAGCAGCCUCGGUUCUGCAGCAGGGCAGCUUCAGUGUGGAUGAUGUGCAGACUGUGAGUACAGGAGCGUUAGGCUGUCUGGUGGCUCUGCCCAUGAAGAACUUGAGUGAAGACCCACUGGCUUUGACGUCCAGUAGUAACUUAGCAGCACACAUCACCACACCGACCUCUUCAAGUACCCCCCGAGAAAAUGCCAGUGUCCCGGAACUGCUGGCUCCCAUCAAGGUGGAGCCAGACUCGCCUCCUCACCCCAAGACAGUUGGGCAGCAGGAAGGAAGCCAUGGGCCACCCCGGCCCACGUUGUCCAGCCCAGCAGAGCAGCAUGGUGCCCAGGACACAGAGCUCAGUGCAGGCACCAGCAACCUCUAUUUGCUGUGUGACGGGCUACCUCGCAUCUCUGAGUACAAAUGGUGUGUGGUGAAUGGGUCCCAGGUAUGCUACGAGCUUUGAGGGCUGCCCUUUUUCUCUUCAUAGUGAUAAGUGUUAAACUGUCUUUCUUAGGAAAUGUUCACAGACUUAAAACAGCUGAAGUCCUCUGAGUACUGUCUGCCUCCCUCAGGAAAGUUCCUGAAAUCAGUACCAUCAUUACUGUUUUUGUGUAAGACCUUUAGAGUAGCCCAUGCCGCCAGAGCAACCUCUGCAGUGGGUCUCUAAGGUGGGACCUGCCCUGGGCCUGCCAUGCACACCUGUGGCACAGUGUGAAAAGUGUCACGGAGUGCCGUGGUAAGGCGAUCACAGGUCACCCAGGCAAGGCUCGGUGCUUGUUUCAGAAACAGAGAAGUAUGUAAUUGAUUUUAUAAGUUUCUGUGUAAAACAUUUUACUGUGUUUUAGGCUUUGGAGGAAUAAACUUUGCUUCUCUGAAUAAGAAAGUCACAUACAUUGUUCCAGCUCCAAGUUUGCUCAGCUCUCACCAUAAGUGGACAUAGCGUUUGGCUCUUUGUGUGCCUUGCUGGCAACUCUGGUUAUGGGAGCUUGGAUAUGUCCCAGAAGCAGACUAUGGCACUUUUCUAGCUCCCUUGCUACCCUUCCUUUGUGUCUAGAUAAGUGACUGAUACGCUUUUCUUUGGUCUCAGGAAAGUGGGGGCUCAGCAAGAACUGAUUACCGAGCCAUUCAACUAGCCAAGGAAAAAAAGCAGAGAGGAGCGGGGAGCAAUGCAGGUGAGGCCGUGUGUGCUGCAGCCCGGACGAGUGAGGGCCUGAGGGUUCUCUGUCACUGUUACGGGCAGAAGAAACACACAGCAGGUGUUUCUGUACCCUUGGUUUUACUUUUCUGUUCAGAAUACCCUUUUAUCAACUCCUUAGUUUUAUUUGAACUUACGGAAAAUAUUAGUAACAAAACUCCCAGCAUUAGUAUGAACAUAUUUUAUUUGCCUAAACAAGCUUUAUGAAAGUUAAGGUUUCAAACACAAGUGUCAGUUAUCUGGAAAGCUACUAAGGUAAAUAAGCAAAGCAGGCCAGGUAUCAGGAAAGCAGAGAUUGUGCCUGGUGCUGAAUGGCCUUGGGGCCUGAACUUGGCAUGGUGGAGACCUGGGGACCGCCACUGUCCCCGGGUACAUGUACGUGGAGCCGAACUGUGUGUCCUGUGGCACUGUCAGAGUUAUGUUGAAAUCUUACUUGAAAAUGUUAGCAACUUAUUUGAAUUUUUGAAGACCAAACAAGAGCUGGCAAUCUAUGGCUUCAUGAAUCUGUCCUUCCUGAAAAUGGAAUAGUGUGAUGUAGUGCUUAGUGGAAACUGGUAAAUCUUUUUCUAAAAAGUAACAGUGGAUUUUUAAAAUGUAUUUUUUGUGUGUAUUUCAUUUGUCCUCUGUAUUUAUCUAAAAGGGUUGGUGAUAUGAUUUUAUAUCUUGCUCUCUAUUCCUAAUAGUAUCAUGACUUCUUAUUUAAAAUAAAUAACAAUUGCUGAUUUUCU